CUACAAAACGUUGUAUUGACCUGCUACGAAAUAUUAAAGCCAACCCAUUGUUUUGUUAAUUAAAACAAAAAAAAUAGUCUAAUUAAAUAACUAUUAAAAUGCAUUCAGAUAAAGAUACAUUAUUUUUAUGCAACUUCGAUUUCCAAUUAAAUGAUUCAGAUUCAAUAGUAGAGAAUAUAAAGAAACUAUGGUCCGGACAUUGGCUAAUAGAAGAUUCAGAAUUAUUAAAAAAAGUCAUUAGUGAUGGAAUGGAAACAGAUACAUUAGGAAAACAUCUUAAAAAUGGACAUUAUGAUAGUAACACUUUAGAGAAGGUUUUGCAAAUGGCAAUUAGUGCAUUUUUAACAUUUUGUGACCAAAACUGGAAUCCACAUCCAGAUGAAUUUCAUUUAAAACAGUAUUUUGGUAUUGAUUGGCCUGAAGAUGUAGAUGUAACUACAUACUUACAGAGAGAUUCAGAACCUUUGUAUACAAAUAUUUUAUAUCCAGAGUUAUUGUAUCUUUCAUCAAACAUUUUUGCAGCACUUUUUUCACAUGAUCAAAGUCUGCUGAAUUUAUGGUGGUGCUUCAGAAGCAAAGUUACUCAUCAAAGAGCUCUAGAAGAUACUAGUGCUACUCUUUAUAAUGAACUUGAACUAUUAAUAGCAAAGUUAUGCAAUGAAUCACAGGCAUUAGAAAAUAACAGAUUAAAAAUCCUAUUGUAUUUGGAAAUAGCACAAGCAUAUUUGAUGUAUGGGAGAGUACAAAAAGUAGAUGAAUAUCUGAUAAAAGCUAGAGAGCUGGCUGGAUUAAAAUUGGAAUUAACAGGUAUUUUGGGAAAGCGUACAAAGUUUCAACAAGAUGCUAAGGCACAACUUGCAUUAUUCAGUAAACUAGAUGAAGACUUGGAACGCCCUUCAGCGGAACAGAGUCAUGGAAGUUCAAACCUUCCACCAGAAAUUGAGCUGCAAGAUGACGUCAGGCUUAAUAAGAUUCAAUUCAAUGAAAAUAUUCUGCAGGCAGAACUGCCCAGCUUGGAACAGACUCUUUGUCUUCUGACUGUUCAAUAUCUUCAAAAAUCUCAACCCAAAGAUGACCUGAUGACUGAAGAACUGCAACCAUAUAUCGAAACAGUUUUGUCCCAAAAGAAAGGUCCAUGGUCUACUCGAGUGGCCGCUCUGUUGAUAAGAUGUAAACUAGAGGCCAACCACAAGAGAACUGUAGAACGCGCUAUGAUGCAAUGUGAGACAAUUGUCAAUGAUAAAUCACGCGUUUCUAAUACAAGCAGGCUGUCUUAUCUAUGGGCGACCGGUCUAUCUCCAGCUUGGAACUGGAAGCAGCAGCUGGCAGAUUUGUACUUAAGCUUGGGUCUCGUGAAGGCAGCUCUCGAGGAAUACUUGAAGUUGCAGCUCUGGGAGGAUGUCAUCGUGUGCUACACUAUGUUACAAUUAAGACAUAAGGCAGCGGAAGUGAUACAGCAACAGAUUGACAUCAAACCAACUGUGAAAUUAUUCUGCCUCCUUGGAGAUGCUACAGACGACGUGAACUGCUACGCCAAGGCGUGGGAAUUUUCGAACUUCAGAAGCAGUAGAGCGCAGCGCCAUUGGGGUAAUUACCUCUUCGACCACAAGAAGUACGGUGACUGCAUACCGCAUUACGAAAAGUCGGUUGAAAUUAAUUCCAUACAGGAGAGUGUCUGGUUGAGACUGGGUUUCGCAGCUCUUGAAAUGGAAAAAUGGGAAUUGUCCGCUAAGGCAUAUCGAAUGUACACAUAUUUGCAGCCGAAUACGUUCGAGGCUUGGAAUAAUUUAGCCAAAGUGUACGUGAAACAGGGAGAUAAGAACCGCGCGUACAGAGCGCUCAUGGAGGCGUUGAGAUUCAAUUACGAUAAUUGGAAGCUCUGGGAAAAUGUUAUAAUAGUAAGUAUGGACACGGGACACUUUGAAGAUGUUUUGCGAGGCUGUCAUAGAAUACUCGAUAUUAAAAGUAAAUUCGAAGAUAUCGAUGUACUGUCUUUGCUUGCAAAGGUAAUUGUUGAAGAUAAACAAGAUGCUGAUGGAAACAGUGCUGCCAGAUUAAGAAAACGAGCUGUGGAACUGUUCGGACGAAUCACAUCAAUACAUCAAAAUAAACCAGAGAUAUGGCAAUUGUACGCUGAUAUAAGUCCGACGUAUUUGCUGAAGGGACAGAGACUAUUGAAAGCGUACAAAGGAUUUACACUGAACGGUAAUUGGUCCAACAGUCCCGAAACUUGUAUGAAGGUAAUGCAAUUGACAGAACUCCUCCUAGAAUACAGUUUAAAAGCAAGAAAGGAAGCUGAAGACAAGGACGUGCUCCAAGCAAAUCAACAGUUAUCAUCAGCCCGGUUAACUGGACAAGCAGUAAUAAGAGCUGCUGAGAAACAAGAUUGGCCUGAAACUCAGGCUCAACUACCAGUGUUGAAGGAAUUGUUAAAUGAUGUUACAGAAUAUAUGAAAUCUAUAAUCACCACAAUGUCACCAGGCGAGUUCUUUAAAAUGGCGACCGCAAACGAUGAUGAAGUUUUAGAAGGAUUUCUCUGUCCAAUUUGCAAAGCAGAUUUGAAAUCAGCGAAUCAACUUACUAGCCAUUUCGAAAGUCUUCAUCAGGAAGAACAAGAUGUAUUAAAGUCACUGAAGGAUAUAUUUGGAAAAGCAAAGAAAAUUAUACUAAACACAGACGAUACGGAUUUAAAAGAAACAUUCGAUCGUGCAUUAAAGUUGAAUUCUCAAGACUACUAUCCGUUUGAGGAGCAGACAAUAGGUGUGUCUCGGAGUUCCACUGAUUAUUUUAGGGCUGUGCGUUCAGCAAGAUUAGAGAGAUAUGCUACUGAAACUAAUAAGUUAUUAAUAAGAUUGGAUAAGUUAGUGUGUAACAUGCCUAGUGAGCCUAGCCAAAGAAAACUGCAUGAACAGGAAGUUGUUCCAUGGUUAGACGGUUCAUCGGUAAAGCUUUGCCCCAACUGUGCUAAAGCAUUUAAUUUAACAAGAAGAAAACACCAUUGUAGGCUAUGUGGGUCUAUUUUAUGCCAUGACUGCUCUGUGUUCUUGGACUUGAACAUAGCCAAAGCAAUUGUUGAUCCAUCCAGACCGCAGACAUCCCAAGCUGAAGAAUUAAAUGAGAAGAAUGGUCUGCGUCUUUGUGAACACUGUUCUUAUCUAAUUGAGUUACGUAAACAAGUGCAAGAGAACAGAAACGCUAAAACUGUCCUGAUGACGGCCUAUGAACAGAUGAGGAGUUUGAUGGAUCAAGCAAAGCCAGCUGUUGCCAUGUAUGAAAAGAUGUGUCAAAGUCUUUUUGACGGAGAAACAACAUAUAACCUGGCAGAUGUCAACGCAAUGCGCGGGCGCAUUGGGAAGCUCGCGGAAGGCAUUGAUUUGCUCAGCAAACAGAUAGCUGCUUUCCCUGUGGAGCCAGCAACGCGACAGGCAAAACUGCAGACUGCUAUUAGGCAGGCAGCCUCACAUUACAUAAAGGAAGAUCUUCUAUCACUCCGGAAGUUACCAACCGAGGCACAGAUUGAUGAAGUGCGAAGGCACAGGUACGAACGCGCGCAGAAACAGAUACAAAUGGAAAGAGAGAGAACGGAGAGAGAGAGACAGAGACGGGGUGGGGAGGCGGAGACGAGUGGAAGUCGUGUGGAAGGCCCCGCCCACGACGACGAUAACCCUCUAUUGGAGCAAAUGAAUAUUAUACGAGGUUAUAUAAAAGAGGCUAGAAAAGAAUUGAGAUUUGAAGAGGUGGCGAUAUUAGAAACGAAUCUUAAGGAAUUAAAGAAGGAAUACCAGUUUCAAAUGCUCUCAAACAAGUCCUAGUCAUUUCGAUUACAUGUCAUUUUAUUAAUAUUAUAUUACAAGCACAUUUUGUAUUUAAAUUAUUUUAUUCUCUUGUAGAUGCAAGAAUAAAGAAUCGGAAGUUA